AUGAUCUACCUAGUCCGUCGUGUCAAAUGUGACGAGGCACGACCCUCAUGUGUAAAGUGCACAUCAACCGGUCGCACCUGUGACGGCUACGAAGAAGCAGCAGUAGAACAGCAGCCACCGAUACAGAGUGUUAUUGCCGGAUACGGUAACUCCCAGGAAGCGCGCUCUAUCCAAUUCUUCAUCGAGCGCACUCUGUCUCAACUGACAUCUUUCUUCCCUGAUGAGUUCUGGGGGAUCAACGUAUUGCAGAUUGCCCAGUACGAGCCUAGCAUUUCCCAUGCUCUGGUUUCAUUUUCGGCAUAUCACGAGGCUUUUACCAAUGGCAUACCUGGGUAUAAGAUUCCAUUCGCAUUGAAGCAUUACAAUUUGUCCAUCAAAGAGUUACAUGCUUCUCACAGCGCGCUGUCGCAUGUCCACUUGGUCUCUUGUUUAGUUUUUAUUUGUAUCGAGAUCUUGCAGGGACAUACCGAAACCGCAAUCCGACUAUUCAAGCAUGGCCAUCGCAUGAUGAGCCAGCUCCGUCAACUGCAGCAUCGUCAAGCUAACGGCCUAGAUGGCAUCCUUAAUCAUGCGCAGACCCUGCUGAAUCGACUUGCGGUACAGGUGGCUUUACUGGUUGGUGACAUAACGCCUGAGCUUUCCCUAAAUUGGUUUCCAGGGUCACAGUUGAUGAUGGUCAACACCAACUACACAUUUGGCUCGCUUUUGGAAGCCAGGGAGGCUAUUAAUGCCAUUUUGGCAUUACAAUUGACAGAUACAGUAACAAAAUCUGUACUAGUCGCUGCAUUUUCUCAGUGGUCCCAAGCAUUCGACAAAUACGUCAUAUCCCGUGGUGCACCACCAUUCUCUCCCACCGAACAAAGAUCACUUGCUCUCAUCGACUUACACCGACGGUACUUCAACAUGGUCCUGCCCUGGGAGAAUAUAGACAACCACCAAUACGUACUAAGCCUCGAUAACUACACCAGUGACUUCGGGGAGCUAGUAAGCUGUGCCAGCCGGGUUCUGGGCCUCGAAGAAACAGACACUGCCCCGCUGUUCCACCUUGAAAUUGGAGUGGUACCUGUUUUGUUUGUGGUAGUCGCAUGGUGUCGCGAUCCUGCAAUUCGUCGGAGGGCAAUUUCUUUAUUGAUGUCCAGACAGGCUCAAGAGGGCGUCUGGAGUAGCCAUCUGACGGGGAGAGUCGCACGAAGAAUAAUGGAGGCAGAGGAGGAGAAAUUAGAGGUGCGCAGCUGCAAAGACGUUCCUGGUCCACGGCGGGUGAGAAGCGUAUAUGUAUCGCUGGGUCCUGGGGAGAGACAGGCAAUGAUACGAUAUGAACAACAGGAUAGAGAAUGGGAGGAAGUUAUUGGAUGGUAG